AGACCUCUAUCACUCCACUAGGGUUUCCCCUAGCAAUUUUUGCAGCCACCCCCUAGAAAACCCCACUUGCAAGUCCACACCUCCAAAUCCCGCAGCCCUAGCUUCUCCAGCCAUUUUUAGCCAUCAGAUUCUGAUCCGAAAGCUUAUAUUAGCCCAAUUCCCCACCUACCGGACAUGUCCGUUGCUAACUUGGACAUGCUCGGAUGUCCAGAGCCUCCCGCAACCAUGGAUGAGCCCGAGCUCCACCGUGCAGCGGCUCCCGCAGCACUCGUUCCCAUCGUCCCACGCCGUUGGGACACCGGCCGUUGCCGGAGCAGCCUCGCCGGCCUGCCCUUCUCCAGCACCGUGCAACCGCAGCCAUGGAGCUUCGCGCAGGCCCCGAUCCGCGCCGCUGUUUUACCGUCUCCGGCCGCCAUCCGCCGCAAUCGCCCUGCCCAGAUCCGGGCAGGCUGCGCUCGGAUCCACCGCACCCUCGCCAGAUCCGUCGUCGCCCAGCCCCAGCCGCACCGCCCUACGCCUUCGCGCCGCCUACUGUCGCCAUUGCCCCUUCCUCGAGCGGAGGACGGUUGGAGGCGCUCGAUCCCUCCCAACACUGACCGAGCGAGCGAGGUGCUCGCGUGCAGAGCGCCAGAUACGGCCCAGCUGCUCUACUGCGCACUCCAGGCCCAGAGCCCGCACCGCCGACCUACCUGGCACAUCAGGCCCAGGUCCGGCCUCCUCCACCAACCGCCAGGCCGGCCUACCUCCUUCCCCACGAGUCGGCCCAUGAGCCCGAGAGUUGCGCAAGCGUGUCGGCAUGUGAGGAACCGUUCGACUACGAUGUCAUGA